AUGAGUAAGCAGUACCAAUUUGGCUUUUACGAAAAUGCCAUGAAGGGACAAUUCAGGGACUACGAAACGCAUUCUGACGUUUCUUGCAAAAUCGGGUACAGCGACUCCGAAUCGGAAGGAGUGGCAUCCAUCAAGGACGUACCGUAUUAUGCAUAUAACCACAAUUUGAAGAAUUCUAAAAAGGAGAAAUUAGAAAAACCCGUUUGGAAAAGUAUCUACGACAUUGAAGAGACAACCAAAAAUUCGUUUUCCGAUUAUGAGUACAACAAGAAUGAACAAUCUGGCAGUGAAUUGGAGUCCCCCAGGUUUGGAAACACGUCGGGGGGGGAGGAAACAGAGGAGCAGCUCCAUCGGAACGGGGGAGAAAAACCGUAUGCGCAGGAUGAGGGGAGUGAAGAAGCCGAGGAGGAUGAGGAGGAGGAUGGCAAACUCGGCGGAGUCACUCUGAUGAGAAAAGCCAACCAAAUGGAGGACACCGAAGAGGACGAGUGGGGACAGGAGCGAAUCACGGCGGCCAACCACCCUCAAAAUUUAUACUCACUCAUGAAGGGAGAUAAUCAAAUAAGAGGACUCCCUUUUAGGGAUCCAUUCGGGAGCUUUUCCAAUGAAGGUACACACAUUGCGAACCAUCUCAGUUAUAACUUCCGAAAAGAAUUUGAAAAUAAUAUGUAUAACAAUUUGAGCGCCUUUAAAAAUGCCCAGCAGAAGGGCUCCGUCGACGAUCUUGAUGAUGCGUCCAGGCACUUCCUCAAGCCCAAGACGUUCAAGGACAGCAACGGGUUGUUUUAUGACUUCGGUGAGGAGAAGCUGGACCUCGGCUUUUUGAAAAAGGAGCAUGAGAAGCUGAUGAGGGGGGGGGCGGCGCUGAAGGUGGUGAAGGCAACCAACGCGGUAACUGCGGUGAAGGCGGCGAAUGACUAUCCCACCCCGGGGCAGCCCCUCCACAAUGCUGAUGACGCCAAACAGAGGAGCAAACAAAAUGGCAGCAGAUUGAAAAAAAAAAACACACACCAGAAUGCUGUAAGCAGCGUGGAUAAGAACUCCCCCUCAUCGUCCGGGAACAGCACCUCAGAUACGUACGAGCAGGGUUUUGUAGGCAAAAGGAAGGUCCACUUUAGGAGCGACGAAGUGGGCAAGGGGGGUGCUGCACAUUGGGGGAGCCCUGUGGGGGGGGAGGACGACGACGAGAAAGCGGAAGAAGAGGUGGAAGCGGUGAAAUACACGGAAGAAGCGGAGCAAUACACGGAAGAAGCGGAGCAAUACACUGAAGAAGCGGAGCAAGACACGGACGAGGUGGAUCACGAAACGGAAGAGGUGAGUGACGAGGUGGAAAACGGUACGAAUGACAACACGGAUGACGACGCGGAUGACGACCCGGACGAUAGCCUGGCGCACCAAGCGCACACCGCCAACCCCCCAACGUGGAAACAAAAAAGAGAACUUGCGAACGCGAGAGGGGAAAGGAACGCCUGGAAGGAGCAUACAGAGGAAGGAAACGACACACACAAGAAGAAAACGGGGUCUACACCAAAACGAAGCGGCGCAAAAAUGAAGAACAAACCGUUGAAGGGGGGAGCAGAUGAAGAUCCCACGAAUGAGCACACUGCGAAACAAAUGAAAUUUGAGUGGCGGAAGGUUAACGAAGAAGGGAGCAGUCGAAACGACAUUGCAAAGUCACAGGAGGGAAGUGAGAAUAAGGGGAGGAUACUAAAUCGUUAUGAAAUACCAAAGGAUAUCUCCUACUAUGUGGAAAGGUACCAAAGGAGAAAGGAAGGAAAAAAUGCAAAUCUUGGAGAUGCGCCCAAGGAGGAUAGCCAAGAGGAGAUGGAAGCGCCAUCUGAGGAGGCCUCUAUCGAUGGGAAGACUAACCUUAGUGACCACAUCGGUAAAGAGGACCCCCAAGUAGAGGGGAUGCACCAUAAGAGCAUCGAAAAGGUUAGUGGUUCCCCAUUUUUAGGAGAACAAAUGGGGGGGGUGCUCACUGCAGGUGAUGCAAAUACUUCAGGGGAACCAACCGGAGAGGCGCCGCAAAAUGGAGACGUCUUCACGCAGGGAAGCUCGCCGGGAUACCCCCCCAGUGAUGGUACCAAAAGGGUCAUGCGUAACAACCAAAUGGAAGCAGGUGUGUUUGAAAUUUUUAACCAAACGAAGGAACCCUACUCUAAUAAAAGUGGCACAAAAGGGAAUGAAGCACAUACCGGUGUUGACAUCGGAGGGGGGGGUUCACCAGGUGACGAUUUCUUUUAUGAUGGCAAGAGGGGGGAGAGAAAUCUUCUGCACACAUUACCAGAGAACAGUAUGGAGAGGAAGAACUACUCAUUUGAUGGUGGCUCUCCCCCCAUGGAGGAUAUAUACGACAAAAUAAACGCCCACUUUGGCGGGAGUGUAGAUAGCAAGAAUUACAUGCAGAUGGUGGAGGAGGGCAUUCACAGCGGAAAUAAAAAUGUUCGUGCAAAUCCGAAGGGGUCAAAAAAUGGACCAUUUUUGGAAGGAGAGAAAAAAGAAAAAAUGGAUGUCUUUUUGAACUACUUAAAAUGCAUUGAUGGGGAUUCUCUAAAUAAGGCCUUCCAGUACUUCGUCGAGAAGGAGAAUGACGACAGUGUGAGGAGGCAACUGGAGAUGUGCUUAAUGGGGAAGUCAACCGAGGGGACGGCGAAUAAAGGCACACUGACUGAUGCGGAAAUGAACACCCUCGUGGUGAGCAAUCAAAACACGCAAACGGUUAGCGCCAGUUUGAAAAAUGAACAAGUGCAGACGAACAGUAGGGGAGGAAAUAUGGAGGACAAUUUUAUGCAAACAGAUAUAAAGGACGUUAACACGAAAUUGUAUGUUAAAAAUGAGAUGAUAAGCAAGAAGACGAGUGUCGAUUCGAUUUUUUUUAGGAGCUUAAGCAGGGAUGGAAGAAGCACCCCCAAGAGUGGUGCCCAAAGUGGCGAAGAAGUUGCUCCAUUCGAAGCGAGCGGAGCGAAAGGGGAGAGGGACCCCCCCCAAGACGCGCACAGUCCCACGGAUGAUAAUCUAAACCGAGACGAAUACAACGAACUGAAAAAGAUCAACGAAUUGAAGGAAAAGAUUUUGGAAAAAAUUAAAACCUGCUAUGAUAGCAUGAACGAAAAUAAUGACGAAGCGGCGGCCAUCCUGAUGCUGAAUGAUAGGAAGGAACGAACUCAUUUGGGGAGCUCCAACGGGAUGGACAAAAGCAGCAGUGUAUAUGCUGAGCGAGGGAACAGUUGCAGUGCUAAGGGGAAGAAAAAAAAAAAAAGCAAAGGCGUCCUCACGAUGGAGACAUUCGAGUCGAUGAAGUCCUUCGAGAAAGAAAUGAAUUUGUUAAAAUCGCACAACGAGAGGUUAAGAAGGAGAAUUGAAAAACUGUACGGAGAAAAGGAAAGGCUAAAAAUCGAUUAUGUUAAGAUGGAAAAAAUUAAGGAGAGUCAAGAUAGCCUCUUCCUGGCGACGGAAAAGCACAUUGAGAAGCUGCACGACCAGUUGGAUAAUCUGUCCAGACAGAACCAAAACAUGAAGGGGGACUUGCAGCAGAAGAGCAUUCAGAUUAUAGCCCUUGAGUCACAAAUAGAUUUGGAUGAUGUGACUGGGAAGCAAAACCGAGGGGAUGACUCCAUCGGGGAAUUCUCACAACAGACAGUGUGCAGACCAAGUGGAGAUAUGACGAAGGGUAAGCAGUCCGCCCUCGACCUGAACAGACAGCUAAACAAUUUCAAGGGACAAAUAAGAGACAAAAAAAUUAUAAAGGAACAAAUAAACCAGCUGCAAAACCAACUGCACACUUUAAAAGAUGAUAUCAAAAUGAUGGAGUCGCUAAAAUUGGAAAAUGAAAAGCUGAAGAAAUUGUUAAGCAGGAAAAAUACGCACAUUAACGAGUAUGAAAAGAGCAUACAUAAGUUAGAAACAAAUAUUGGAAUGCUCAACGAUCGGAAUUUUGACUUGCAUAGGGAAAACACAAAUUUGUCUGCAAAUGUGAUGGCUCUAUCACGUUGCGAUGAGGCGGCAGAUGAUCCCCUCGAUCCAACGCAAAAGGGAACUCUCUCAGGUGGUGAAGAAGCAAAAAAUAAAGAAGCAAUAAUAGAUAGAGAAAACAAAAUAAAAGAGUUAGAAGCACAAGUGGAUACGUUGAAGCAGCAAAUUUUUGACCUAAACGAAGAGGUCUUCGACUUGAAGCAGAAAAACGUCCAGCUGAAGAAAUCGGCCGUAGGGCACAGCAGUGGAGACAUCCAAGCGGUACAAACGGAGGCGGAGAAAAUAUAUAUAGACAAAAUUAACCUGCUAAAGGGGAAGCUAGAAGAAAGUAAAGCCAAAAUUAACAUGCUUAACGGGUUGCUCAAAACGUCGAACAGUCAAACUACUCAGUUGAAUAGGAAGGUCAGGACGAUACUGAAAGAAAACAACGCCUGGCAGAAAAAAUAUGAAAAAUGCCUCACCUAUUUGGAGAGCCUUAAGGGGAAAUACGACGAGGAGGUUUCAAAAGCGCGGCGAGGGGAGUCCCCGUUCGUUUCGGGUGCACCCGGGGGGAAAAGCGGACUCAACGGGCAAAGCGGGCUGAACGGACAAAGCGGGCUGAAUGAACAAAGCUGGCUCAACGGGCAAAGCUGGAAGGAUGCCCCCAACGCAGGUGGCCCAACCCAACACAAUCGCCCAAAGUCACUCGAAGGGGAAGUUCACCCAACUGGAGAAGCUCCACUUGAAGAGGAAGAAAAGGGAAAAAUCGAACUCGUUAACGGGGAAGACACGAACGGCGAAGAACCCGAUAGGAAGAUUUUCUCCCCCUUUGGCGAAAACUCAAAUGCCAGCUUCAAUUUGGUUCGCAACGAAAAUAAAGACGUCAGCAUAAAUGACAUCUUCGAAAUUGAUAACAUCACGAGGGAUAUCCACCGUAUGUUCUCCCAUGAAGACAGAGCAAAUGGGAAGGGGGAAAACGGGUUCUACGCCACCGAAAGGGAGAGGCAGCAUUGCGUUGAAAAGGUCAAGGAGGCAGAGGACAGAGGCCCAACGGAGGGAGUCUUAAAAAGUAUAGAAAAAAUUUACGCAGCGAAUAGGAUUAAGCAAAUGAACGAGGAUAUGCAUAAAUAUAUAAUUCAAAGGAAAGAAAAAGUGGAGAGCUUGUACGAUGGGAAUUUAAUACAUCAGGGAAAUCCUCACAACAAGGGAAACACCCAAGGGGGGCAUUUAGAAGAAGGAGACACUAAAUUGGCGCUCAAAGGAAAGGAAGACUCGAAUGGAGUCACACAGGGGGAUUACUCCACAACGGACCAGGCGUACUAUCCGUAUGGAAUGGCGCAGUUGGCCCAAAGGAAUUUGCGGGAAGAUCAAAUCAGCUCCAGCGAUACGCAUGUGGUGAGCGGUAUGGAGGACUCCUACGUUGUGAAUAAUCAUAUAAGUGCCGGAAACGAAACGAACACCUUUCAUCAUGGGGGCUUCACAAAUGCCGCAGACCACUCGGAGCAGAGGAACGAAAACAAUUUGAGAAGCGUCUUCAGGUACAAAAUAAACGGUGAGGGGGAAGAUGUGCAGAUAGGGAACUCCACUGGGGGCGAUCACCCACAAAGUCAGCAUGGCACAGCAAGCAGAAUCGCCAAAACGCAGCAAAGCGGCAUAAACGAACGGAACAACUCCAAAUGUGGUAGGCAGCUCAUGGAGCAUAUUUACACCAAGGCAGAUGCGAGUAAGUUGCCCCCAAUAGGUAGAGAUAACGCCUUAGUAGAUGAUAACAAAUCGACGAACAACCAUUUGAAUGCUUUGCGGUAUAACCCGCAUGAACAUAAAAACGUGUCGGGUGGCACCACCGCAGAUGCAAGCAGGUGGGAUAUUCCGAGAGAGGGAAGAGUGAAUAACCCCAAUGGGAACGAUGGGCCAAGAGUCGCACCAAACGGAAAGGACCCAAAUGCUCAACACAAAAAGUCCCAGGCGUGGAUAAUCGACCUCAAAAAUAAUGAAGUGUUCCCGUAUAGGAAGUUGCAGAAUACGCUCCUAACGGAUGAGGAGACGGACGUGAAUUCAGAAGGGGGUCCCAGCAGUGGUCAAAGGGAGGCCCCAAGGAGUGGCCCCGCUGGUCCGAAGGGCGCCAAGAAGGAAAAGGCGGCAAAGGCAGCAAAGGUAGGAAAGGCAGAAAAGGCAGCAAAUACGGAAAAGACAACAAAGCAAACACAGCGGGAAGAAAAAACGUAUGGUCAAAAUAACCGCACGAACGGCAACACAAAUUUUAGGACACUCCCCCACGAGCAGAAGUGCGCAAAGGGACAGUCCGCCAAAAAGGCGAGGAGCAAAGAAAAGUUACACCUGCUCGUUAAUAACAUCUCUAAGUUAGUUAAGAACAAAAUAAAGGAGGAGCUAAACAACAAAAAUAUUUCGAAGGAAAUACUAAACUUUGAGAUUACAAAGAUAAAGAAAAAGGCCAAUGGGUCGAAGGACAGCUUGAAUAAUAAACGGCAGGACACCACCAUCAUUUUGAGCAGCGACUCCAUGUCCCUAUCAUCCGAAACGCUGAAUGGAACGUUCGACACGGAAGACGGUCGUCAGAAUGAGAAGGCGGCGUCUUCCGCGAGUGGAAGGAGCACACACAUGCUCGCAAGCACAAAUUCUGCAAGCAGCUCCAUGGAUAUCAAUUUGGGAGGAGUUGGCGUGGAAGGCAGCAGAGAAAUGUGUGAAGGGAGACGUGCAAAUGGCCCAGAUAGCGCAAGUGCACCGAGACAGACAAGCCAUAAACAAAGCACAAGUGAGUUGUUUUCCCUCGAAAAGAACUCACCCCUGGUGAGCAACGAAGAAUACCUAUAUGACGAUUUACUGCCCACCAAUUUUAUGUUAAAUGAUAUCAGCCUUAACAACGCCACGUGCUUUGGUCCAAACUUGAUUGGCCUCGAACAAACGCUUCCACCCGAGUUGGCCCUCGCCAACAUGGAAGGGGAAGCACUCCACUUGAAUAAGCUCCCCAACAGCUAUUUAGACAAUAGGGACUUGUAUCACCACGCGGGUAAAAAUAAAAUUUUCCAGUUGGGUCAGAGUAGCUAUAUGCAGGUGAACUCUUCGAGCAGUGGCAACCACGGAGCUUUCGCUUCCACACCGCUUGGCUUCAACCAUGCCAAUGAGGAGAAGGCAAACAUGAAACAGGCCGCAGGUAAUGGCGAUUUGAAUAUGAGCAUGGGGAUGAUGCAUGGCGGGGUAGGAGGUCAAAUGGCCACACACGCAUAUGCACACUAUGGAGUCAGUAAGAGCGCCGAAAAUGUGAACACACCUUGGGGGGUAAAUGCGAUAAGUGGGGAUUACCCAGCAGUGGGCAGCGCCGCGGCAGGCGGCAUGCAUCUCCCCCCCCUCAACCACGCCAGCAGGGAAUAUCACUCCAGCAGGGAAUAUCACCCCAACAGGGAAUAUCACCCCAACGGGGAGAACACCCUUUUCCAAGUUGAGAAGCUGAACAGCUCCUACCUGUUCGACAUUAACUCGCUGAGGCCAGACGCGAACCCCCCACUUUACGACCGCGCCUUUUUAAAUUACAACCAGCUGGAUAGAAGCGGCGUGGAGGGGGUAAACAGGGAAGGCACGUCAGUCACGUUAGGCACGUUAAGCAGCAGUGUAGGCAUUGCUAACCUUUGUAAUGAGGGAAAGGGUACACUUGGUGCAAGCGUCAAUGACUUACAGGAUGGCAAACCCAAUGACUUACAGGAUGGCAAUCCCAAUGGCUUACAGGAUGGCAACCCCAAUGGCAGGCAUCUGCCCCCCCCCAACUGCAACGAAGCCAUGUCGCGUAGGCAGCCGCGAAGAGGCGAUCAGCCCUGCGAGGAGAGUGGCACUAAUGAUAGGAAUGGGCGCGGAAAGGUAAAAGCAAACUUGCCAGACAAACAAAAGGGGGGCCUCAAAAAUGCGAGGAGGUCCAAAUCGGUGGACGUUAAAAAGGGAGGAGAGAGAAACGGCUUAACAAAUGACACCCUUUCGGCGAAGCCCAAAAUGAAGACGCAGAUAUUCAACUACUCUGGAAAUAAAAAAAACGGACUGAGGGACAUGUCAACAUACGCUGACAAAGUGCUCGAAGAUAUGAAGUCGCUCAUCCCGUCGAACGUUAGCAGUAUAAUUGAGAAAUCGGCCAAGGGGGGGAAGGCCAGUGGCAGUAUGAACGAACUGCUUCCCAUUAAAUGCAAUUCGAAUGGGAAGACGAACCAGGGUAAGAGGCCCAACAUGGGUGAUGAAGAUAAGGUAGGCAAGUUAGGCAGAGAAAAUGAUAAACUGAAUUGCCACAUAGGGGGAGGCAUUAUAAAUGGCAGUUCUGCAGAUGCCAAUUUGGGCGGUACCACCAGGACGUCUCAUUUGAGCCAUAUAGCGAAGGACACUCUUCCAUCAGUUCGUACGAAGGGAAGAGAAAGGGGAAACUCUCUGGGGAAGUGCAGCAUGGGAGACGACGGGCAUAUGAGAGGCACAAACAAAUCUAAUAAUUCGCAACGGAGUGACUAUUUUUUAGGGGGGGUAAAUAAUGAGGACGUACUGCUAGGCAAGAACUACUCUUGUGAUAGGGUGCAAAAAGAAAACUUCAUUUCGUUGGAAGAAAAGAAUAAUGAUGAGCAUGCAAAGUUAAAUGCCCCUUUAGGUAGCAACAUGGGUGACGUAGCCUUCGCCGGCAUCGGGGACCUCCCACUCAACGCGUUCAGGCUGGAUAAUAUGCUAAAGGAAAUCCAAUUAAACAGUUACGCAGAUAACGGAAGCAAUGUCUUAGGCAAUGCCUUAAUUCCCACCCCCAGUUUUGCACAAAACGGCUUAACGUACAACAGCCGUGCAGAAGAGAAUCAUCAGUUUCAGUCCGAAACUCGCAAGAGCUUAAGUAGCUUCAGAGAAGCUUUAAAAAAACAAGGCAUUCUAGGUUAGUAAGAAAACAGUACAAGAAGGUUAUCCUUCCUGAAGGGGGUCAACCUAUGCCACCUCUCCACCACUGUGUUCCGUUCCACAUGGCACUCACAACUUUGGUCACGUUUUUUUUUUUUUGUAAUUCGUUUUACACACCUGUAGUAAGCUUGUCCAUGUGCGGAGCACUGCGUGUAUUUUUGAACACAUCUUUCGGCCCGCUUUGCUUUUUUCUGAGAUUUUUUUUUCGUCUUUUAGCAGUCCGUUUGGUCGCCACUGGUCUGCAGAUAUUUUGCGGCGCACCGGGCGAAAACUCAUCAUCACGCUACUUUAACGAAGCAGCGUUUUCUCUCCAGCAGCGGCAAACAUGUAAAAUGUGUAGACAUGGUAUGGCCCCCGUUUCUCUUUGUUCCACUUUUGCGAGCGCACGCGGUGUGAAGUGAAAAAGGGGGCGUCAAAAGGGAGCGGCGCAAUGAAGCGGCACAAUGGAGGGACAACGUGGAGGUACAAACGGGCCCCCCCAUGGGGUAGCGCCAAAAUGUGGCUAGCUCCGCGGC